AUGGGAGACAUCACGACGGAGCGCAAGCACGGUGCAAUAUUACCGAGUACUAUACGCGCCAUCAUUUGCGGGCCGUCGAAUUGUGCUGAAGAUACAGCGUUGGAGAAACGCUUCAAGCCCAUCGUCGAACGUCUAAAACAGAUUGUUGAAAAAACCGAGGAAUCUCAAUCAAUUGAAAGAGAAGCAAAGGAUCUCGACCCACCGAAAGAAUCACCGCUGUUUCUGCAAAAGGAAGAUGUUUUCGAAACAAAAGACACCAGUGAACCGUCAUUCGAAACAACCAUCAAACAGAGUCUGCAAAUGCAACAAGGUCGAGAGGUGUUGCAUAAUCAGCUGGGACCAUUAGGGCAAAAACGUGGUCACAGCGCCCAUAAUCCCAUCAAGGGCAAUAGGGGAUCCAAGUAUAUUAACAUCAUCGCUCCGCUCGUAUCUACAUAUGGAAGUAGUGGGCGUAAAAAGGGUGCAGGCUAUUUUUUUCUCUUUUUUUCCAAUAUUGUGCAGUAUUAUAUAUUUAAUUUCCACAGUAUUUCGGUGGAGCAUCGCGCGGUGCGCUUACUGAGCAGACGUUACACUCUGACGGCCACGGGUUAUAAAUUUCUGGAAAUUGGAAUCAACGUUGGUCCACCGAGCUACGUGGAAAUCGCUCUGGGAGAUCAUCGGGGACAGGAAUUGAUACUGUCUCUCGAAACAUGGAAGGGACUCUACGAGCAGCGAUGGAAUAUCUAUAAAUUGCUGCGAAACGAUUACAAAGACAAUUUUAUAAGCGUCGGACCGUUAACCGUCAGAAUUUGUCUGAUGAACGACGUUACACUCGUACGUCUUGAAUCUUUGAACGUACGCGUAACGAUGAUCGAAUCGACCCUGCGCCGUAUGUUUGAUCUGGACAAAUGUAUCGAUAUAACAUUCGAUGUAACAUUCGAUCGACUCGUCAGAUUCGUCGAUACGAUCGAUACCAAGUAUACGCGAUUCUCCAACAUCGCGUUUGUUGUAACAGAUCCCGAGGAAGUGCCGAACGUGAUACGCGAUUGCGAUACAUUCGAUAGACGUCAACUCGUCGAUUGCGAGCUGUUAGCUUUAGUUUUUAGUGUAUAAGAAAAAAACAUGUGAAUAAAA